UAUGGGAUUAUUCCUCUUCAUGCACAAAGCCAAGUGUCUCAUUGUUUUUCUCAACAUAAGCUUCCUUGUUCUUAUUUUAUGCAUUAGUAUCAAUCUCAAAUCUUCGAACUCAAAUUUCCUAAACAACUUCGUCAGGGCAAAAAGCCCUUUAAUCAAGAACUACCACAUCUUGUUGAAUGAAGACAGUGGUUGUAAAGGUCUUCAUAAGUACAAUAGCAGGUUCGAGCGGUGCUUAUAUGUAAAAUCCCACCAGGGAUGCCAACCACAAGGCUACAUUUCCUAUCUGGAACUGUUCCAUUGCACGUUUAGCCCCCGUCUUGGCUAUACUUUGCUUGCUAUUUGGCUGGUAUUGCUUUUCUACCUUCUUGGUGAUACUGCUAGCAGUUACUUUUGUACCUCACUGGAGGGCUUAUCAAGAUGUUUGAGGCUUUCCCCGACAAUUGCUGGUGUAACUCUUCUCUCUCUUGGAAAUGGCGCACCGGACGUUUUUUCUAGCAUAAUUUCUUUCAUGGGAGAUGGAAAUACUGAGGAUAUUGGCCUGAAUAGCAUUUUGGGCGGUGCAUUUUUUGUAUCCAGUGUGGUGGUUGGAAUCAUAAGCAUUUCAAUCAGCCAUCAAGGCAGAAAAAUUAGUUCUUCAAGCUUUACAAGGAAUGUUUCUUUCUUGCUUUUCUGCCUCUGUUGCCUUCUGCUGAUUAUAAUCAUGGGCAAGAUCAACUUGUGGGGUGCUCUUUCUUUCCUGGCUCUGUAUUUUAUAUAUGCUGGUUCCAUUUUUGCAUCAGAAAUUCUUGCAAAGGGGGAAAAAGAAGCAGAAUCUGCCGCGAAAACUGAAAGUUGGCGGUUGCCAUUGACCAGGAGCUUUGUGAAAAACGGCCAAGAACUAUCAACAGAACUUCAGACGCCUUUGCUGGGAUUUGCAGAUGAUGAUUCUCCAAUCUUGAAUAACUAUGACGAGGAUAAUUUGCAAAUUCUUAAACACAAAGAUACAGUAAGGUGCUGCUUCUGGAAAACUUUGUUCAUACUAGAAUUGCCUCUUGACUUGCCUAGGAAAUUAACAAUUCCAAUAAUUUCUGAGGAGAGAUGGUCCAAGGCAAUUGCACUUAUGUCAACUGCAUUAGCCCCUGUCCUAUUGGCAGUAAUAUGGAACUUCCAUUAUCAAAAAUCAUGGCUUCCGGUUUAUAUAAUUGCUGCAUCACUAGGAAUUGCCUCUGCCCUGCUGCUAUUUUGUACCAGCGAUGAGUCUAAUCCACCAAGAAAGUAUCAAUUCCUCUGGCUAGCAGAAGCAUUUUUAUUGAGCAUCAUUUGGACUUAUAUUUUGGCACAAGAAUUGAUUUCACUACUAGUUUCACUGGGAAUUAUACUAGGAAUAAGCCACUCUAUCAUGGGAUUGACUGUUCUUGCAUGGGGCAAUUCCCUAGGGGACUUGGUGUCAAAUGUAACAAUGGCCAAAAGAGGCGGUCCAGCUGGAGCUCAGACGGCAAUUUCAGGCUGCUAUGCAGGGCCAAUUUUUAACAUUAUCGUGGGAUUGGGUCUGUCGCUUACGCUCUCAUCCUGGAACGUGUUUCCAUCUUCUCUUGUACUUACCCAGGAUCCUUCAGUGUAUGUGACAUUUGGGUUCUUGAUGGUGGGCUUAAUAUGGGUCCUGGUGGUCUUAACAAACAGGAAUAUGAGGCUUGACAGAUUUUUGGGCAUUGGACUCUUGGCAAUAUAUUUGUGUUUUCUUUUCUUGAAAAUGGCCAACGGUGUUGGCUUUGUAGAAUUUCGUGUUACUUCAGGAUCUGUCGAACAACGAGGAGACUGAUUUGUAAGAAAUUGUCCACAAAGCUGUAAGGGGGCCCUCCCAAUUACGUAAUGGAAGUAAAGACUUA